AUGCGCCGACUUUACCAUCAUCCAGAAUUCUCCUCCCAACGGCUGGGGAGGGAACGGGCGAUGGGACGUCUGGAGGCAACCGUAAACCUCAAGAUUGCUGACCUGGACAACAAACUCGACACGCCGUACUUCCAUAAACAUCCGGAGGAAAAGCAAGCAAUUCUGGAUCAAUUGAAGAACCUCUCGGGGAGCGUACUCAGCCUUCAGCAGCUCCUAUUUGACUUGGACAACGCCUCUCUGCAGACCCACCUCAGCUUUGGUGGCAUCGACCCAGGAUCCAACGCCUACGCCAUUCUCCAGAAGAGUUUUGUGAACCUCUGGGCGGCUGCUGUAGCUGAAAAGGGACAGCCGCUGAUCUCCAUUGUCGCUGUGAAUCAGUUGACUGACCCAUCCCAGCUGCCGUUGACAGGCUUUGAGCAUGCAACUAACCCACCCAGAGACGAUCAUGGAAAUAUCAUCCAUUCGCCAACCCUAAGCCAAAUGAAUGCAAGCACUAUGGAUCACUGCGCUGUUAAUCACAACUCCUUACCCAAUCCUUCCCCCUUCCAGUGGAACUGGUUGCGGGCGGACCAGGUCAGGGACAUUAGUGGUGUCAUAUCCAUUAAUCGAGGAACUUAUGCCAAAUUCCUUAAAGAUCAACUGGUCCCUGAAAUCAAGCGGACGUGCCUCAAACCCACUGUCUAUGGCUGGAAUACAGCUGGGGUGAGUCAUUUUAGGGUAGACUUCAAUCCCGGCGAUAGUCCCCAGACCGCGGAAGUGACAGAUUCUGGCGAUAAUAUCAUAAAGAUUGAAUAUUCCAACUCAGCCUUUGACGACUCACAAAUGGCUGAUGUAUGCUGGGUGGAGUACCAAGUCUUCAUAUACCUGUGA